CUCUCGGUCUUUCGGUCUUUCUCGCUUGCGGUGUUUCCUCAAUUUUGAGCGACGCAACAGCCGCUUCGGAAUUCUCUUGCAGCCGAAAACCCCGAAAGAUCGGGUACAUUUAAUCAGAGUAGCAACAACAACCCACAGGUGUGAGUGGAACGUCUGCUCUUUGUAGGAACAGCGAAUGCACCAUCAUCCCUCUUGAACAUGGCGUGUUUGGUGAUGGAGGUAUAGGAGUUUCCGGGAAAGUUUUUACAAGAACCGAUCAACAUGGUGCGUCUGAGAUGAAAGAUCUUACCUCUGAAUUGACAAAAAUCUAUGAGUGAAACCAGAACUAAUUUUUACUCAUCAAUCUUCUAUUUAGACCAUUGCCAUGGAGAACGUCACCCUGAGUUCAAACAUUUAUGACGGCUACAACAACGACACUCUGGUCCUGAUCGAACCGGUGGCAGAAGUGGACCAAUGGGUGCCAGAAGGCAACUUAAGUCGACGAGAGGCGCUCGAAAUUGUGGUAGAGGACAUGCUUGAUGGUUGGCGUUAUCAAUCGCGCAUUUCGUCCCCCUGGCGGCAGAUUAUGAUACUGUUGUAUGCGUUCAUGAUAUGUGUGGGCUCCAUUGGCAAUCUGAUGGUGAUCUACGUGGUGGCUCGAAAUCCCACCAUGAGGACUGCUCGCAAUGUUUUCGUGGUCAAUCUGGCCAUUUCGGAUCUCAUGCUUUGUCUUAUCACUAUGCCCCUCACCCUCAUCGAGAUUCUCUUCCUCACGUGGCAGUUCGGUAACAUUGAGGUUGCUUGCCGUCUGAUUGGUUUGCUUCAGGCCACAUCGGUUUUCGUGUCCACCAUCUCAAUCACCGCCAUUGCUCUGGAUCGACGUCGGCUUAUAGUGGGAUCAGAACAAGAGAGUCCCGAGGAUAUGGGCAAGGUGGUGGCAUCCAUUCCAUUGAUCUGGACCACAGCAGCGAUCAUGGCGAGUCCAUUGGCCAUAUGGAAGACUUUGGAAAAUUGGACCGGCUGGACCGCCGGAUUGUUCGUGAACGACACCGAGGUUUGCCAUUUCGACAACCGCUCCGAGACUGGCCCGCCCAUCAAUGAGGAGGACAUCAGUCCCACAUGCCUUCUCAAGGAGAUCAUCAUGACCCGGCUGAGCGACCUCCAGACCUGCAAAGAGAACUUACCCGAGUCAGGACGGACCGCCUACUCCUGCUUUGUGCUGCUCUUCCAGUUCAUGUUGCCCAUGAUCACGUUAUGUAUAGCCUACUACCAGAUCUGUCGGACCCUGCGACUCCGGUUGGAGCAACGGGUUCGCCAACGCCAGGCGAACAGUAUGAAGCACGAUGGUUCCCGGCGCAACUCGGUCCUCAAACGGAACGACGAGCGACGCGAGAGGAACAUUAUCCGUCUGAAGCGCACCAUCAAGCUCUUGUGCUGGAUCGGGGCCAUCUUCUGUAUUUGUUGGUUGCCAUUGAACAUCCUGAAUGCUGUGACCGACACGAUCGAUGUGUUUUCGGAUCUGUCGGACGAGACGUUUUGUCUUAUUUACGCCGUUUGUCACGUGUUGGGCAUGUCGAGUGCGUGCGCCAAUCCGGUCAUUUACGGAUUCCUGAACGAGAACUUUGCCAAAGAGUUCGCUGCCAUUGGACACUGGUGGUCGGAUGGCUUCCGAUGGGUGGGCAAGGUGGUCGGACUCCUGCCCAAAGGGUCCUUGACAUCGUCCACUGGGGACGGAUUCAAUAACAAUGAUGAAUUAGUCAACAAUGGAGCGAUUGGCACACCAGCCACGGUAGCCGUGUCCGUAAUGGUCGAGGACAAGAGUGUGGAACACCUUCCGCUCACGAGUGAACCCGAGAAGCGAGAGACCAUCAUCAAAAUGGGAGCAUUCGUGUGAUGGAUCGACCAUCCACGGACAACGGAUCAUAGAUGGAUGGAUUGCCUCCUUCCAAGAACAGAACGAAAACGAAGAAGAACGAGAACGAGAACAAGAACAAGAUCUAGUUUCUCCACUUCAAAACGAGACAGAGAUGACUAUUAUGUAGGCGUACAAUGGUACUCUUCUCUUCUCGCUCUUUACUCAAAAUUACUUGUUGUGUCCGUCGAAAUUGUGGCUCAGUACCUUUGUCAACGUUGUCGUGGGAUAUUCCCAUCACAAUACAUGUAAUGCAAUACAUGGCGCUUUUACGAUGUUGAA